AAAAAUUCCUGAUCCGCCCAUCUCUCUCCACCCAGGCUGUUGCUCCUGGCUCAGCUCUGCACUGACUUCCUGCCAGGCCCUGGGAAGCUGUGACCAGGGGGUCUCCCCAGGGAUCUUUCUCUUAGAGAUCUGGCUGCUCGCCUCUCUUUCGUCCUGUCCCUGCCAAGGGGAGGGGGAUGGUUGGAGUGGGCGUGGGGAGUGGGCCGGCCGCGGUCCAGCUCCUUUCGUAAGCGUAUUUCAAACUGUCCUCAGGAUCAUUCGGGCACAUGGAACGGCCCCUAGUGCCUGGAGUCUCCCAAGCUGCCUUCACACUUUGUAGGCAACUGGUCUCGGCUGCAUCGGGAUCGGGCCGCCGCGGCGGGGGGCCAGGUCAUCUGGUUGUCGGAAUCACUCUAUAUAUUAUUUCAUUGGAUCUUCACAGCAACCCUUUGAGGUAUUCACAUAUCUAUUGGAGAAGACAACACGCAAACAGUUACCUACAAACAGGAUAUAUAAGGGAUAACUUCGAAGAUGAUCUCAGAGAAUAUCCCAAAAGCUUCUUCACUGAGCAGCAAUGCCAGGAUGCCUGUCUCCGUCUCCUUACAUCAAGAUGCCACCCAAGAGCGUCCAGUGAGCUUGGCCUCUACCACCUCUUCUUCAGGCUCAUCCCGGGAUAGUCAGGCCAUGGAAGAACCCAAUGGAACUGGACCUGUAACUGAGGGCGAGUCUGGCUCUCCCCGGGCCUGUCAUAUCCCUAAUAACCAUAACAAUUCCAGCAGCUGGCUAAAUCUGAGAGGAUCCCUAAAAGGUUCACCAUUUAGCUCCCGGUCCCCCCCUGGAGCCACGCAUCACAAGCUGAGCUACCUGGGCCGAGUGGUACGGGAGAUUGUAGAGACGGAGCGCAUGUAUGUGCAAGACCUCCGAAGCAUCGUUGAGGAUUACCUUCUGAAGAUCAUCGAUACACCAGGGCUUCUGAAACCGGAACAAGUCAGUGCACUCUUUGGGAACAUAGAAAACAUCUACGCACUAAACAGUCAGCUCUUGAAAGACCUGGACAGCUGUAAUAAUGAUCCGGUGGCUGUGGCUAAUUGCUUUGUAGAAAGGAGCCAAGAGUUUGACAUUUAUACUCAGUACUGCAACAACUACCCAAAUUCAGUAGCAGCCCUAACUGAGUGCAUGAGAGACAAACACCAGGCCAAGUUCUUCCGGGACCGACAAGAGGUCUUGCAGCACUCUCUGCCUUUGGGCUCUUUUCUGCUGAAGCCUGUCCAAAGAAUUCUCAAGUACCACCUCCUUCUCCAGGAAAUUGCCAAACAUUUUGAUGAGGAGGAGGAUGGCUUCGAGAUGGUUGAGGAUGCAAUCGAUACCAUGACUUGUGUGGCUUGGUACAUCAAUGACAUGAAGAGGAAACAUGAGCAUGCUGUCCGACUCCAGGAAGUCCAGUCACUCCUGAUCAAUUGGAAGGGCCCAGACCUGACAACAUAUGGAGAGCUGGUCUUGGAAGGCACUUUCCGUGUGCAUCGUGUGCGGAACGAGAGGACUUUCUUUCUCUUUGACAAGGCGUUGUUCAUUACAAAAAAGCGAGGAGACCACUUCGUCUACAAAGGUCACAUCCCGUGCUCCUCCUUGAUGCUAAUUGAGAGCACCAAAGAUUCUCUGUGUUUCACAGUUACUCACUACAAACACAGCAAGCAGCAGUAUAGCAUCCAGGCCAAAUCAGUAGAAGAAAAGCGUGCGUGGACCCAUCACAUCAAGAGGUUGAUCCUAGAGAAUCACCAUGCCACUAUUCCCCAAAAGGCCAAGGAAGCCAUCUUGGAAAUGGACUCCUAUUACCCUAACCGAUACCGCUACAGCCCAGAAAGGAUGAAAAAGGGCUGGUCUUCCCAAGAUGAUGUGCCCACGCAAGUCCGUCAGUAUCGGAGACAAUCUGAGCCAACCAAACAGCUUCUCAGGCAGCUUAAUGAGAAAGCAUCAAGAGCAUCGGGUCUCAAGGUAAGACCAGUGAGCGGCCUGGAGAUGGGAUACAGGAUGGAACAGGGAAUUGGCUUUCAGCAUGCAGGUAGCGCGGGAGCUCUCCUGGACUUUGGGCAGCUGCCCCUUACGGGGGAGCAGCAGUCUGAAGCUGAAGGGACUGCUCAGGAGGAAGAGGAGGAGGAGGAGGAGGAGGAAGUGGUGGAGGAGCAGGCCCUUCAGAAGGCCUCUCUGGAGGACCUGACUGUGAGCGAUGGCAGCAAGAAGGGGGCCAGGGCUGAGCCACAAGGUUCAGAGGAAGAGGAGGAGGAGGAGGAGGAGGAGGAGAGUCUGGUGGUAGCUGAGCAGGUAGCCGACUUUGCCAGCUCCCUGCUGGCUGCCCUCCACUGCUGGCACUAUCGAGCCAACGCUUUACUUUUCUCCCGGGGCGCUAUGGUUAAAGGGCAUGAUGAAUAUGAAGUAGCCAAGGGCUAUAAAAGACCCAGUGGCCAGUCUCUAACGAGUCCUGAGAAGCGCAUGAGCUUUGAGUCUGUCUCUUCCCUGCCAGAGGCUGAACCAGACACAGAGCCUGACGCCAGGCAAGGACUGUUUCCAGCCACAGAAGGUGAUAGUGGAGAGGUGAUGCAGUCAGACACAGAACCACCAUGCGUCCUGGACCAGCACCACCAAGAGGUGCUAAGGUCUGACCAGCCAGUCAAAAUGGUUGACGAUGCAGUUGCUGAGAGCACGGAGGACCUUAAAAACCUCAGCAGCGAGGAAGAGGAGGAGGUGACCGUUCCAGAGCCAGAGAGCAUUCUGCCCACAUCUGUGUUGGACCAGGCUAGCAUCAUUGCUGAAAGGUUUGUCAGCACCAUCUCCAGGCGCAACAGCCUGGCUCUGGAGGAUGGCAAGGCCAGUGGCUUUUUGACUCCCCGGCUGGCCAGUCGGAGUAGCAGUGUCCGGAGCCUUGAUGGCAUUGAAAAGGGGCCAGCCAUCCACUGCAGCACCACAGACUCACUCAGCCCCUUGCUUCCCCUAGAAGCAGACCCUGAUGUUGGGGUGGCCUCAGAGAACAGUUCCAUCCUCAAUAGGGCCAUGCCUCCAAGCCCCAGCUGCCCAGGAGAACCUGAAAGGUUCUUUAGCAAGAAGGAGGACACACUUUCCACCCGAGACCGACUGCUGCUUGACAAGAUCAAGAGUUACUAUGAGCAUGCAGAGCACCAUGAUGCAGGCUUUAGUAUCCGGCGCCGGGAGAGUCUUUCCUACAUUCCUAAGGGCUUGGUAAGGAACUCCGUGUUCAGGUUCAAUAGCCUUCCUAGGCCAGAACCUAAACCAGUGGCCCCUGUUGGGCGUAAAAGACUAGAUGGUUCCCGACCUGCUUCUUGGACUCUCUUUGAUCUCCCUGGACCAGGCCAUGCUGGUUCUAGGGAUCCUCCCCCCAUCACUGAUGCUGAAUUCCGCCCAUCAUCAGAAAUAGUGAAAAUAUGGGAGGGAAUGGAGUCCUCUGAGGAUAUCUGCAAGAACCCCGCUGUGAGGAACAAGAUGGAGUCAGGCCUGAGCCAGGAGAAUGGCUUUGACAUGCAUGAGCCGCUCUUCAUCCUGGAGGAGCAUGAGCUGGGCGCUAUCAGUGAGGAGCCAGUUGGGACCUCCCUAGAAGGCAUCUCCCUCACAGAUCGAGCCGGCCCUGCCCAGCUGGCCAGGGAGCUAAAGGAGCUGGUAAAGGAGUUGAGUGGCAGAGAUGAGGAGCUACCGUCUCCACUGCAUCCUCACAUCAUGCAGCUCUCCCACAUGAUGGAUAGGGAUUUGACGGAGCGUGUCAAGAACAAGGUCUACCAGCUGGCCCGCCAGUACAGUCUCAGGAUUAAGAGCCAUAAGCCAACGAUGCCUCAGCGGAAGAAGAUGGAUACAGAGCAAGAGAAGACCCUGACCUUGCCCCACCUGCAGGAGGAGAUACGAGAGCUGCCUUGCAAAGGUAAAAUGAAGCCAUUACUAUCCCUCUCAAAUAAUGAAAGAGUUAUGGCCUUGGAACAUGGUGCCUCCAAGUCCACCUCAGCAAGGGAGAAAUCACCUCGACGCUUCUACAGUCCUUCAGGCUCAAAGACCACCUCUCCUAGAGGCUGGACAUCUAACCGAAGUCCCCUCAGUCCGGUUGACACAGAAACAUUCCACUGGCCAGAUGUCCGUGAGCUCUGUUCAAAGUAUGCUUCCCAUGAUGAGGCUGUUCUAGCUGGACGGGGCCAGCGCCAAGGUCCACCUGUCAACCGGAGCCUCUCGGUACCAGAGAAUAUAAUGGAGCCAACCCCAGUGGGGAAGAUGGGUCGUUGUUGCAGCCUAAACACCAGUACAGGUAGAGGAGCCCAAGAGAUAAAUCAGCCUCAGCCUCAUAAGGAUCUCUUUUCACUUGGUUCCUCCCAAACUCCAGGGCAGGAUGUAGAUGAAGGCUUGUACCUCACAGCAGACUUGACCCUGGAGAAUAACCGGCGGGUCAUUGUCUUAGAGAAGGGGCCACCACCACUGGUAGGUGAGGAAGAGCAAGACAGCUUUGUGCCAAUCCGGUCACCCACCUCCCAGGAAAAGAUGUCCUUGAAGGCAGCGGUAGAACGAUGUAAGGCUUACCAAGAAUCAGAGGAGUUCCGUUGGCAAGAAGAGGGGGCCCGGGGCCCUCAACAACUAGUGCAAGGGGAUACAGCUGACAUGGGCCAACAGGGCCGAGUGAGAAACCUGAGGGAAAAAUUUCAGACCUUGAAUUCAAAUGGCUGAAUUAGGCUUCUUGGGAAGGAGAUGAGGGAACAGCUAUACCUGUGUCUAAUAGACCUUCUCCAACUUCCCUACCUGCAUCCCAACUCCUCACGAGCCUUGACUUCCCUAAUUUGCCUGCCUCUCUUCUGACAUCAGAUCGUGUGGAGUUCUGCACCUUCUGCCUUCUCCCUUCUAAGCAGGCACUGGUGCUGAUGGUAUCUUUAGCACAGGCUGUGGCUUGCUGCCUCAUGCUGCUGGCUGAAAAGCUCCCUGGGGGCUGAGACCGUUGUUAUUGCCAAUAGGACCAGACGCCAUGCUGUUACAGUCAGAAGCCUGUGUGGGCUAUUUCCCUUUUCUGUUUUUCUCUUUUGGUUUUAGACCAAAUAUUUAAGCUCACUUCUCUCCAGGGAGAGGUGCCCAUAGGCUGUGGCCUGCAUCGUGCCAGCCACUGCCAGGCUGAAGAGUGUACCCAGAAGAAAAAUGUGAGAAGGUGCCUCAGGAGGAUUUAUUUCCUUUAUUAAAUGUUCCAAGGAUUCAGGCAGAAAAGAGAAGUCUGGGACUUGAACAAUAAUUUAUUACUUUCCAUCCUGUGGGAUGUGUAUGUGUGUAUGUUUGUGUGUAUAUGAUUUUUUUGUUUAUUUCCUUCUUCCCCUUUCCUAUUUUUAAGAAUGUAAUUGACUCAGUCCAGGUACUUUUAAGGGUUGCUUUGCUGACCCCACCCAAUGGUUGUUUCUAAUGUACACACAUUUCAUCCCUUGCCAAUGGUGCAAUAACCACUGCUGACCAGCCAAUCCUGUCUCCUGCCUCGUUAUUAGGAAUUAGAAGAUAGUCCAGUUGAGGGUUAGAAUUAUUUCUUCAGAGCUUGGAACAAGAGGGGCUGGUGUUGCCUUACCUAUGGGGCCAUGCCCUUCUAUUUUCUGGGGAAGGAAAUGUUCUUGGGAAUUUGGGGCACUGGAACGAAUAGAGAAUUUGUUCUCUCUAAUGCUCUGCUCCAUAGCUCAGUUCCCGCUUUGAGCAGUGGUUCCCUCUCCCAAAAUGUACCCUGAUACUAGGACCUGGAGUUCUGCAGGGUAAGCAGAAUAUAUAAGAACUAGCCUUGAGAAAAUAAGUGAUGCUUACUGUGAAAAGAUGUCUCAACAUAUAAAGAGGAGUCUUGUGCCAAAUACAUUUGUCCUCUUCUGGGCCCUUCCUUCCCAGCUUCCUCCCUCCAUCAGCAUCGGCCAGGUGAGCCAACAGCACUGUUCUCAUUGUCAGUAUUGUUCCUGCCUCAUGAAUGUCAUGUCUGGUAGGGAGAAAUAUAUACCAUGUUUUAUUUUGUAAUUGUGCAAGUGAUAGGCUAAAACAGGUGCAAACAAUGGGAGAUCUGGGCACACAGGUGGGGCAAUGAUGAUUGACAAGAUCAGGGAAACAUGAUGGAAGGUGGACAUCAAGAGACAGGUAUGAAUGCGGGUGAAGUUGACGUUUCAAACACGGGCGUGGGGGGGAUGUAAGCAAAGCCAUUAGGGAUGACAGUGGGAGAGUCCCUUGGAAAACUGAGAAUUCAUAGCUGGAGAAAUCAUAUGAGAGAAGACAGGAAAGGCUUCAGAUUGCUGAAUGCUAGGGUGAGAAUUUUAAACUCUGCUUGUUAAAGUAACAGGAAUGUACUGAAGAAUUUUGAGCAGAAAAGAGACAUGACUAGUUCUAUACAUAAGGAAGAUUUUUUUUUUUUUAGUGAGGCAAUUGGGGUUAAGUGACUUGCCCAGGGUCACACAGCUAGUAAGUGUUAAGUGUCUGAGGCUGGAUUUGAACUCAGGUUACUCCUGACUCCAGGGUCGGUGCUCUAUCCACUGCGCCACCUAGCUGCCCCCAUAAGGAAGAUUUUAACCUAGAAGCUGUAUGAGGGUGGAUUGAAGGGAAUUGGGAGUACCAUUUGAGAGGCAAUUCAGGAGUAUGGCAGUGUGGGCCUGCCCUAGGUGGAAAAGAUUGAGAAAAAUCAUGGAGGUGGAAUAGAUGGAUGUUUUACAGACAGUUGGUGGUGGGGAGGGAGGGAGAGAUAAAAUACCAAGGUUUUGGCCAUGGAAGACUUCCAUGGUCAGAUCUUCUGGCAUGGUGGUACCACAUAGGGAAUUAGUGCGAUUAGAGAUUUAGGGGAAAAAAUUUUGUGGACAUAUUCUUUGGAAAUAUCAACAUAUUCAGCAGGUGAUCAUAGGUCUAGAACUGGAAAAAGUUUCAGAGACCAUCUUACUUUAAAGAUGUAACUGAGGGGCAGCUAGAUGACGCAGUGGAUAGAGCACCGA